AUGGAAACGGAGCCACAGAGCCGACCUAACGGAGAAAAAGAGGAAGAUCCAAUCAUUUUGAGCGAGUUAUCAGGGGAAGUUGAAGAUGCAGAUGAUGAGGAACGUCAAAUGAUCAAAAGUAAACUAGCCAGACGCGUGAAAGUGUAUUUUCUCGAAGGGGAAGACUGGUUGGAUAAUGGGACAGGUUAUUGCAUGGGAGAAGUUGACAAAAAGACGAACAAGCCGUACUUCAUUGUCCGGAGUGAAUUGGAUUCUGAUAAUAUUAUCUUGAAAUCAUACUUGGAAGGUACCAUCCAAUAUCAGCGGCAACAAGAAACAUUGAUAGUCUGGACCGACUUGUCAGGGAAAGACUUGGCACUCUCCUUCCAAGAGAAUGAAGGUUGUGCCGAUUUAUGUGAUUUCAUUGUGAAAGUACAACAAAAAAAUUUGAGUCCAACGAUCUCCUUAUACUAUGUUUUGUCCACGAUGCAAGAUGCGUCUGAGGGUCCUCGGGAGAUUACAGAGCUAAUAACGGGACCAAUAACCUAUCCUGAUGAAAGUCCCACAUGUGAAAAUCUUCAGAACAUUUUAGAAGUUAUUAAUCAGGGUUCAAAUUCGCAUUACACUCGAUCCAAAAUUUCGGAAUUCUUGCUCCAGCAAAAUUAUUUCGAGAAGCUUUUGAAUAUUUUCAACCAGGCGGAAGCUAAUCAUGAUAUCCACAGUUUACAUUUGUUGAGUGACAUCACAAAAGUAAUCCUACUUUAUAAUGAGCCAGAUGUUUUGGAAGAACUCGUCAGGACGGAAAAGAAUGCAACUGGGCUCGCAGGAAUCUUGGAAUAUGACAGAGACUUCCCUAAUUUCAAAGCUUGCCAUAGGGAAUAUUUAAGUGACAAAUCGAAGUUCAAAACUGUUGUCCCGAUUCCACACUUGGAAACAAGCAUAAAUUCAGACAUGAGCAUCUUUCGGAAAGACUUUGUCUUGAAUUACUUGAAAGAUGUGGUGCUUGCCAGAAGUAUGGACGAGCAAAUUCUCGGAACAUUAUCUUCUUUUAUCUACUCUAACCAGAUGGAAAUCAUUAGCUUUAUGACUGAUUCGAACGCAAGUGAUCAUUUCUUUAGUCGUUUAUUUCUGUUGUACGAUUUAAAAAGCAAAUCCGACGUUCAAAAAAAAAGAGAUGGUGUCAGAAUGCUACAUCAAUAUGUGCUAGUUGCUAAGAACCAUCAAGCAAAUCAAAGACCGCAAUUUUUUAUUGCUUUAGUGAAGUCUGGUCUAUUCAAAAUGAUUGAAUUCGCGUUGAGAGAUACAGAUAGCGAUACCCGUGUCGGCGGUACAGAACUUCUCGUGUCCAUAAUAGAACAGGAUGUCUCACUUGUUAACACAGCAACGCGAGGUGAGUAUGUUGAUGAGCUAGAGUGUCCAAUGCCAGGUACAAAUCUGCUUGAAACUAAGGAGCCUUGUGACCUCACCACUGAGAAUGCCGGCAAGCCAUUGAAGAUGAAGUUAGUGAGUGACAUGUCGACUACAGUCGUUUUAUGUCAAUUGAUACUUAAAGAUAAAAAUCCAGGACUUAAAAUCCAGGCUUAUGAAGCAUUGAAGAUGCUUCUAUCGAGCCUGUGUGAAGAAUCAGGCGAAGGCAAUAUUCUUGAUAACGGGAGUGGACAAUGCUUUCCUCCGGACUCUGAGCUGGGUGUGAAACAAUAUUUGGAAGCAUUUUAUAAAGAAGUUGCUCCAAUGCUCUUCAAAGAUUUCAUAGACCUUCUUUCAGAAGAUACCAAGAAACAAGAAAUAGCGAUCUCAAAAAUGAUGGAUGAUCCAAUUCUUUAUCAGCAUCUUUGUGAUCUAUUGUCCUUUUGCCUACGCGAACAUCAUCCUUCCCUUUACAAACCAUUUCUUUUCAACAACAACGUCAUGAGAGGAGUUGCGAAAGUUUUGGAAUUGAAUUUCAAAGUAAUUUUGAAGUUAGGAGCAUUAAGAUGCCUCAAAAGUGUCCUACUAUUGAAUGAUUAUGCACUGACUCAGUACAUCAUUCAUAAUGACUUGCUUCAUAGCUUCUUUGUAUUUUUCAAGUCUGUUUCAUCGGCGAAUAAUCUUGCAAACUCUCUGUGCAUUGAUUUAUUGGAAACGAUCAUUCAGCGGUUCAAAGGUAAGAAUUACCGGCAGUUGGCAUUAUACAUUCAUAAAACUGAAAAACACUUCGUGUUGCACGAAAUAGAUUACGUCUCGACAGGUCGUGAUUUGAUUCGUUUAGCUGAAGAAAAUAUGGAGGUUAAUAAGGAUGCAACCGCGACAAGCAUUGAUGCAGAUGAGGACAACAUUUCGCAUCAUAAUGAUCUUUCCUCUCCAAUCCAGACAGAGAAAGAGAAUUUCGUCUCACAUACUAAUAAUGUGCUGAAUGUUGGACCUACUAACAUUUUUCAGGAUAUUCAAGAGGAAUUCUCUGAAAACAACAAACGACAUCAUGAUCAACUACUGACUGACCUGGAAGAAUCAGAACCAUCUCAGAACGUGUCAGAGAACUCUUCCAACGGAGUUUCUCGAAAGAAAAAGGGUCAGUUAUCCUUUGAAAAGAGCCCCCAACUUGAGACGACAGCCAGCGUAUAA